AAACCACUCUGAGUGACUCUGCUCCAUUUAAUUAUACAGAAAUUUUGGCAAAUCGGUGGAGUUCCCCUUUAAUCCACUGUCUUAUCCUCUUUCUCCAGACUGUGGAAGACAGAGGCGUGUGGAGUGAGACUGGACGCUGCAGGCAGUGAUCUCCUGCAGGGAGGGAGGCCACACCACCACGCAGGACUGCCGGUUUUAUUUCUCCGCAGCCAAAAGCCUCAGAGUCGUCCCUCGUUCAUCUUCGCCUGGGUGUAAAGCCACUCUUCCUCUCUCUGACGUCAGAGAAGGACGAAGUGAUUUAGCGAGCGAGGUCAUCUGAUGUCUGAGACUGGCCAGAGGCUGCUGGAGCCGUUCAGUCCCCCCACUGAACAGCUAAGCCUCUGACCUGACCAUGUACCCGUCUACGCUAACGCAGUUAGCCCGGGCGAAUCCCUUCCACUCCCCGUUAAUCUCCUUCCACCAGCGAGACGAAGGGAGACGCGCUCCCCACUUAAAAGGAGCCACACAUCGCGAACUCGCCGCAGCCUCUUACAAUGAGGCGGACGUGAGCUGUGAGUACGGCUCCAACAAAUACUACGCCCUCUGUGGCUUCGGAGGCAUCCUGAGCUGUGGACUCACACAUACAGCAGUCGUGCCCCUUGACCUGGUCAAAUGCCGCAUCCAGGUGAACCCAGACAAAUACAAGUCCAUCUUCAACGGCUUCUCCGUAACUCUGAGGGAGGACGGCUUCAGGGGCCUGGGCCGAGGCUGGGCCCCGACCUUCAUCGGCUACUCCAUGCAAGGCCUCUGCAAGUUUGGCUUCUACGAGCUCUUCAAGGCCCUUUACAACGACAUGCUGGGAGAGGAGAACGCCUACCUGUGGAGGACGUCUGUUUACUUGGCCGCCUCUGCCAGCGCAGAGUUCUUCGCUGACAUCGCGCUGGCCCCCAUGGAGGCGUGUAAAGUGCGCAUCCAGACACAGCCGGGAUACGCCAGCACCCUGAGAGAGUGCACCCCAAAGAUGUACGCCGAGGAGGGACUGUGGGCCUUCUACAAAGGUGUUUACCCGCUGUGGCUGCGGCAGAUCCCCUACACCAUGAUGAAGUUCGCCUGUUUCGAGCGCACCGUGGAGAUGCUCUACAAGUACGUGGUGCCGAAGCCUCGCAGCGCCUGCUCCAAACCCGAACAGCUCGUGGUCACCUUCAUAGCGGGCUACAUUGCUGGAAUAUUCUGUGCUGUGGUGUCUCACCCAGCUGACUCGGUGGUGUCUGUGCUGAACAAGGAGAAAGGCAGCUCGGCCGUGCAGGUGCUUAAGAGACUGGGGCCCAGAGGUGUGUGGAAGGGGCUCUUUGCUCGUAUCAUCAUGAUCGGCACGCUGACCGCCCUGCAGUGGUUCAUCUACGAUUCAGUCAAGGUGUACUUCCGCCUGCCCCGCCCUCCGCCACCAGAGAUGCCCGAGUCUCUAAAGAGGAAGAUGGCUCUGGCGAGCCACUAGACCCCCGAACCUCCAGCCCCUCCAUGAGCAGCCGUAGACAGACCCAGUUUCCACAAAUGAAAAAGGUCCACCAGAAAGUCGAGUACCCUGACUUGACUUGACUGAAAAUAAAGGUGCAAUACUAUAGAACAGUGGUUCUCAAACCAGUCCUCGGGGUCCCUGCUCUAUCCCUGUGCAUUGCGAGUUGGCUUGGAGACAAAUUGAGGACCAUCUGGGGUCCCUGAGGACCAGUUUAAGAGCCACUGCCAUAGGAGAACCACUCUUAGCUCCCUAAGUAACCUCUGAAUGAGGGGAUCUUUAAAGAAACCCUUAUGUAAAACCUUUAGAACCUCCACAUAAUGCAGCGGUUCUAUACCAGUUAAAUGUUUCUCCAAAUAAUUGCUCACCCAAGUCAAAAACUUUAGAAACCUAUAUUUUUUAAGAGUUUAUGAUUGCUCUCAUGAGCUUUGCAUCUCCAGGAUGAUAGUUUUACAGGAGAAGGAAAUGUUCUUAAUUGUAAUGUACAUUAAUGCAAUGGAAUUCCAAGAAAUCAAUCAAUCAAAUGCAGGUGGACUGUUUGAAAUAUGGUGAUGAAUUUUGGCAAAAUUGUUGAAGGUAUGUUCAGUUCUGGGCUAAGUGUGGAGAUUCUGUCUGUGUGUAAAAGAGGCUGUACGCUGAUGGAAUAUAUCACUGUUCUGUUUUCUUCCAUAACCACUAUUAAA